AACUUAUAUACGAUCAGUCUUUCUUCGUUUGUAAUCGUGGUUAUACUCUACGCACGCAGAUCCUUUGCGCACAGCUCCGCAAAGAGAGUAUACGUUACAAACUAUAUUGAAAAAGGAUUAUUCAUUAUUUAUUGUGUUCUUUAUUUAAAAAAAAAAAAUAAAAUAAAAAUAAUGCCUUUUUUAAAAAAACAUAAUUUCAUCUCUAAUGUGAAAAAUUCUAUUCUCAGUGUGUAAAAUUAGAAGAAAAAAAAAAGAAACAAUUUUGUAUACUAAAAAGUGUCUCCAAUAUUUAUCUUGUUCAGUGGUUUUCUUUUAUUAUAUAAGAAAUUGUAUAGAUAUAUUUAUUUUGUAUAUAAAUAUUUUUAAAAAGAAUUACAAAUUUUCAAAUUCAAUGCUUUUAUAUUAUCAUUGUGAUGAGUAAUAUUUACAUUCGAUCAGAUUCUUGAGAAACACGUGUGCCUUUAAGACUUUCAUUAAUACAAACUCUCAUUUCGAGUAUAUAUGGAACUUAAUUAAUCCAGCUUUUUUAUAAAGAAUACAUCAAAAAUUGCCAAAGUUGAUUACAUUGACAAAAAAAAAAAACUAUAGUACUUAUAUACAUAAAAGGUCAAUGAUAGCAUCGAGGAAGAAAAGAAAUUCAAUAGAAGAAAAAAUAAUUGAAAAUAAAUUUUAAAUAAUAUUUAUAUAUUAUAUAUAAAUAAAAAAUGACUCAAAUCGAAGAGAAUCUAGUGAAUGGGACAUGUUCUCUAAAGGAAAAUGAAAUUGAACUUGUGGAAAAUGAAGAUGACGAUGAUGAUUAUUGCAAUGAUUAUUUUCCCAAAGACGCUGACAAUGAUUUGGAAUUGAAUAAAAAUAAUGUUGAAUAUAUUCCAAGAAUCAAAUGGCCUGAUCUUGCUGCACAAAUGUUUAUUCAUUUUGGUUGUGUUUAUGGAUUUUACCUUUGUCUUACACAAGCUAAGGCUCUCACGUCACUUUGGGCUUUCGUAACGAUUUACACCUCUGGCUUUGGUAUCACCGCUGGGGUUCAUAGGCUUUGGUCCCAUAGAGCUUAUAAGGCAAAAUGGCCAUUAAGAUUGUUACUAGCGUUUCUUUUCACAAUAACCGGACAGAGAGAUAUACAUACAUGGGUUCUGGACCAUAGAAUCCACCAUAAAUACAGUGAAACUGAUUCUGAUCCACAUAAUGUCAAUAGAGGAUUUUUCUUUGCACAUGUGGGAUGGCUGUUUACUACUCCACAUCCAAAUGUUGAAGCUAAACGAAAAAUAGUAGACAUGCGUGAUUUAGAAAUGGAUCCAAUUAUUAUGUGGCAAAAGAGGCUAUAUAUUCCUCUUUUCGCUUUGCUGGCUAUUGCACUUCCAGUAUGGGUGCCUUAUUAUUUUUGGAAUGAAACACUGUGGAAUUCAUUCUGGGUAAACUUCAACUUCCGCUUUUCUAUCACAUUGAAUAUCGCCUUUUUUGUCAAUAGCGUUGCACACUUGUGGGGACAACGACCUUACGACAAAAACAUUUCCCCAGUGGAAAAUAUUGCAGUAUCUUUAGCAGCUCUUGGUGAAGGUUGGCAUAAUUAUCAUCAUGUUUUCCCCUUCGACUAUAAAACUGGAGAACUUGGUAAUUAUUCAUUCAAUUGGACAACAGGUUUUAUUGAUUUCUUUGAGAAAAUCGGUUGGGCCUACGAUCUCAAGAGUGUCUCACCGGAAAUGGUGCGACGUCGUGCAGCCAAAUGUGGCGAUGGUAGUCACGAGAAACAAAUAUGGGGUUUUGGUGAUCGUGACAUGAUAAAGGAAGAUUUUUGCGAACUCAAGAAAAUGGAAAGGAAAAAUAAUUAAACUCAGAGACUGAUUAAUUAUGUAUUAGAAACAAAAAAAAAAAAAACGUCCAAUGUUCUUGCGACUUGAAAACUACUUUUUUUUUACUAUAUAAAGUAGGUCUUCCGUUAAAAAAAAAAAUACCUUAGAAAUGUUGUCUUUGGUUAUUUGUCAAGAUUUAUGUCAUGAAUUUAUAUUUUGUGAUAUUGCGGUCAGUAUAUAUAUAUCUAUAUUUUAUUUCUACGUAAUUUUUAAUUUACUUAAUAGUUUUAUUAAGUUUAUUAUAUAACUAAAUGUUACAUAUUUUCCUCCAUUUAUAUAUGAAUACAAAGAACAACAAAUUUUUUUUAAUUGUUAAUAUCAUA